UUCACUAUUCCCAACUACUCAAAAGAAAAUUCUAAAAAAUUUCUGUGUUUGUACACAAUUUGACCUGUUGCUCCAUAUUACACGGCGCGGUAGAAUCUGUCACCAUUCCACAUUCCAUUAGGUUGAUGCCUGUCAUAGUAGUUCAUUCAUACACGAUAAACUCAUAAACCCGAUAUCACCUUCUAACAUUUAAUUUGCUGCUGAAGAAAACUGUUUUUUAUUUGUGGGUAUUCAUUUUUCCACUUCCCCAAUGCCCAUUUCCUUUCCUGGCAAUUGCUCUCGAUAUAAUUAAGGCUUUUUGCCAAUCUUCUUGGAAUUAGCGAAAAUGGCAACAGAUGACCCAGAGCAGCUCACUUUCUCUUCAAUCGGACAGCCCGGGAAGUCGUCCGGCGAGAUUGGAAGUGUUCAAGAGCCUCUCCUUCAUGGCCAACAACCACAUAUCGAGAAUUAUUCUGUGGUGGCAUGUAUACUGCCGUUUCUGUUCCCUGCUCUUGGAGGACUGCUCUAUGGUUAUGAUAUUGGCGCUACAUCCUGUGCCACAAUUUCCAUAGAGUCUGCCACAUCAAGUGGGAUUUCAUGGUAUGACUUGUCAUCUGUGCAAAUUGGUCUCAUAACUAGUGGUUCACUUUAUGGUGCUUUAAUUGGUUCUUUCCUGGCCUUCAACAUUGCUGACUUCCUAGGACGAAGAAGGGAAUUGAUGCUGUCUUCUAUACUAUAUCUUAUUGGAGGCUUGAUAACAGCAUUCGCACCAGUCUAUGUUAUUAUGGUGAUUGGCCGUUUUGUUUAUGGUGUAGGAAUUGGGUUGGCAAUGCAUGCUGCUCCUAUGUACAUUGCUGAGACAUCACCGAGCCAGAUAAGAGGGCUGCUUAUUUCUCUUAAAGAGUUCCUAAUAGUCUUUGGAAUGCUAUUAGGCUAUACAGUUGGCAGCCUUAUGGUGGAAGUUGUUGCUGGUUGGCGGUAUAUGUAUGGAGUUAGUGUCCCAAUAUCGAUUGUUAUGGGGAUCGGAAUGUGGUGGCUUCCUGCAUCACCUAGAUGGAUUCUGCUAUGUGCUAUUCAAGGGAAGGGUGAUAUGCCGGGUUUACGAGAGACAGCCGUAAGUUGCUUGUGCCGGUUGAGGGGUGCAACAAUUGGGGAUUCGGCACAUCAUCAAGUAGAUGAAAUUCUGUCUGAGCUUUCUCAUUUAAGUGAAGAAAAAGAGGCCACAAUCGGAGAAAUGUUUCAAGGGAAGUGCUUGAAAGCCCUAACAAUUGGUGCUGGACUAAUCUUGUUCCAACAGAUUACUGGGCAACCGAGUGUUCUGUAUUAUGCUGCAAAAAUUUUUCAGGAUGCAGGAUUUGCUGCGGCAGCUGAUGCCACAAGGGCGUCGAUCUUUCUUGGGUUGCUGAAGCUGAUUAUGACAGGUGUGGCUGUUGUAGUUGUCGAUAGGCUUGGGAGAAGACCUUUGCUACUUGGAGGUGUCUCUGGCAUUGCAGUAGCACUAUUUCUUCUGGGAUCAUAUUACACCUUUCUAGACAAUGUGCCGCCGGUUGCGGUGAUUGCUUUGCUAUUGUAUGUGGGAUGUUACCAGUUAUCUUUUGGUCCAAUUGGUUGGUUGAUGAUUUCGGAGAUCUUUCCUCUACGAGUGAGAGGGCGCGGUUUGAGCAUUGCGGUUCUUGUGAACUUCGGAACCAACGCUCUCGUGACAUUUGCAUUUUCUCCUAUGAAGGAGUUGGUGGGAGCUGGAAACGUGUUUUUCAUAUUUGGUGUGAUAGCUGUUGUGGCUGUUAUUUUCGUCUUCUUCAUCAUACCGGAGACGAAGGGGCUGACGUUAGAGGAGAUCGAGGCCAAAUAUCUCACCUGAUUAUUCCUUAGGAUGAUGCAUAAUCAUUUAUGAACUGUCCAAUUAUCUCAUAUCCAAAUAUGUAACUGAAAUGUAUUUUAGCCCAUUCCUAUCAUUUUAUAGGCACACGGUACAACAAAAAUAAAUAAACUUUACGCGAAGUUAA